AUGCCCCAUUUGUUCUCCCAGUCCCGCGAGACACAAUGCGCAAUUGGCCAACCUCGUCUCUUGAGAAGUCGGGAUCAUGCUCGUACUCUCAGACGAAUCCUCAGCCACAUCCCUGGAAUACGGAAAGCCACCCAUCGCCUAUAUUUCGGACGCAUCGUCCGACAGACAAAGCCAAUUCUGACAUCGGGAGAAACUCAGAAGGGGCAGCAGACACUCACAGAAGGAGCAGGGGCAAAAAGUCGGUGGCUGGGAAAUCAACAUCCGGGUAAGCUCUCCAAUGCCGCCGGUGAUGCCCAAGCAACAACGUCCAAGAACAGCCAGCCACUCAGCCUGGAGAGACGCGUGAGCCACCAGCUCCACUGUGCUUCAUGGCCGCAUACAGAGCGGCCCAUCACCAACUUGAAGACCCUCAUUUGCUUUGUCGGUGUGCCACGGUGCUUGUUUCGGGCCUCGUGCCCAGAGCAAGUAUAA